AUGCCGCUGUGCUUCGCAGCCCCACGGAGCGCCAGCGCGCGUGCUCCUGCCGCGUGGCAAGUCCUGGGCGUCUCGGAAGGCGCGAGCAAAGAAGAAAUCAAGUCUGCUUAUCGCCAGCUGGCGCUGAAAUACCAUCCAGAUGUGGACAAGUCUCAAGAGGCUCCACGACGAUUCCUGGCUGUGCAGCAAGCCUACAAGAGCAUGCUUCAAGGUGCAACUGAUCGCAGGCGGCCAAAGGAAGCGUCCUGGGCCGGGAGGUCCCGAAAGACCUGGAAUCACGGCGAGGAAGGACGGCCGGUCUCCAAAAUCUUGGACCCGAUCCUGCCACGCAAGACCUUGGCCUACGUUACAGUCUUCCUGAUCUUGGCACCAUACUUGCUGUCUCUCUUGAACUCAGCGGAGACAUGGUGGCUAAGACAGAAGCUAAGGCUGGCACACAAGUGCAUCUUGAACUCCUUCUAUGGCUAUGUGAUGCGAAAGGGAGCUCGCUGGCAUUCCAUGAAGAUGGCUGGCAUUGUCACUUACACUGGCGCCAAUCUCAUUCGAGAGGCACGGGAGUUCUGUGAGCAGGUGGGGCUUCCUUUGGAGCUUGACACGGACGGCAUUUGGUGCCUUCUGCCGAAGAGCUUUCCGGACACCUUCAAGAUUAAGAUGAUGCUUGGUCAUAAAUAUCAAGAUGCCUUAUCCAAACUGCGUGCUGAAUUUCCGCGUGCACCAGAAGUACACCAACCACCAGUAUCAAGAUUGGGACAAAGAGACCAACAGUUGGAAGACCUCAAGUCAGAAUUCCAUCCUCUUUGA